AUGGCAGGAUCUCAGCCAGAUCUGCCGUCCUACGCGCUCAAGGUGGUGCCAGCGUCGCGAGGCGGCGGCGGCCUGUUCUUCCUGCGCUCUCAGAAGCGCGACAGCGAGCAGCUAGGCCGUGGAGGUGGCUUCAACGAGAGGCAGAACGCUGGGGACCUGAAGGUGGAGCACAACUCAGAUGACGAGCUCUACGACGAGUUCGGCAGGAAAAAGAAGCGGAAAAAGGUGACAGCCAAGGACAAAGUGCAGAAUGACGAGAAGAGAGACGUUGACAAAGAGGGCGAUGCGGAUGCACUUGCAGGUGUUUCCCAAGCAGCUCAGGCAGCUGUACAUCCGCAGGCGCAUCUGGCGCAUCAGGCGCAUCAGGCGCAUCAGGCCUCGCGAGCGGAACCGCCCCAAGUUCCGCACGGGCCUUGCCCUCCUGGGUUUCCCACCCACGAUGGGUGUGGAUGCCACGGAUGCCACGGAUGCCACGGAUGCCAUGGGUGCGGGUGGGGCGCUUGGGGUGCCGACGCCUGGGGCGGUCAGUGGGGCGGCGGCUGGGGCGGCUGCGGCUGCGGCUGCGGCGGCUGCGGAAGACCAUGCGGAGAUUUCGCGUGGGGAGCCAAAGGCAGUGGAAAGUGGGGAAGCGAGGACACCUGGACAAGCUGGAAGGGUGCUGGCAAAGGAUGA